AUGGUAUCAGGGUCUGAGAAAUUUGACUAUCCUUCGCUCAAAGAGCUGCUAAAGGAUACGACUGCUGAAGUCCUACUUCCAGGUGAUGGCGAAGAGUACGAGAAGAGCAUCGAAAGGUGGAGUGAGCACUGCAUCAAACGAGCUGCUGCUGUAAUCAGAGUUCGGUCUGCGGAUGACGUUUCCGCAACUUUAGCUCAGAUACGCGAGCACAGCAUCCCGUUCACAGUCCGAGGAGGAGGUCACAGCACUUCUGGAGCUGCGUCUAUCGAGGAUGGCAUCGUCAUCGAUCUUUCUAAGAUGCGCAAGGUGACAGUUGACGUGGAUGCCAAAACUAUCAGAGCCGAAGGAGGAACUAUAUGGGAAGACGUUGAUGUUGAAGCUGCCAAGUUUGGUCUUGCGACUGUCGGAGGUACGGUUAACCAUACCGGUGUAGGAGGUUUGACACUAGGAGGGGGCUAUGGUUAUCUCACUGGAAAGUACGGCUUGACGAUUGAUAAUCUCUUGUCCGUUGACAUGGUCCUCGCAUCUGGUGAGCAAGUCGUCGCAUCAGCAAAUUCGAAUCCCGACCUCUAUUGGGCUGUGCGAGGCGCAGGUCAGAACUUUGGCGUAGCAACAGCUUUCACGUUCCAGGGCUAUGCACAGAAGAAUUCUGUCUUUGCAGGACCUUUGGUCUUCCUUCCGGACAAAAUACCGCAGAUCGUUGAGUUCCUGAACAAGUUCCACACUACAAAUGACGGCAACCAAGCCAUGCUCAUGGGUUUCUCCGCUCCACCGCCCGCGAAUGCACCUGUCGUACUUUGCCAGAUCUUCCAUAACGGCACUGAGGAAGAAGGAAAAGCUUUCUUUGCUGACCUGUUUGAACUUGGCCCUGUAGCCAACAUGACUGCCAUGAUACCUUACCCACAGCUGAACAGCCUUCUUAAUCAGGGAGCCGGAUUUGACGGGCGCAAGCUUUUCGGUGGAGGUGCUUUCAAGCUCCCAAUUGACUCAAGCUUCGCUGUGCAACUUCAUGCAGAGUUCAACGCUUUUGUAGCUUCGCACGAACGAAUGAACGAAAGCAUGAUACUCUUCGAAGCUGUUCCUUACCAGAAGGUCAUAGAGGUUCCCAACGAUAAGAUGGCGUUCUCGAACCGUGGCGAUUACUACAAUGUCGCAGUGAUGAUGAAAUGGUUCGAGCCCUCACUCGACGGAGAGAUUCGUACAUUUUCACGAAACCUCCUCAAGAAAGCCUCAGUAACUGCUGCAGACCGGUCAAAGGAUGGCGGCGUGGCUCAAUACGGGAACUAUGCUUCCGCUGAUGUUGAAGCGAACGAGAUCUUCGGCGCAAACGUCAAGCGACUUGAGGAGCUCAAGCAUAAGUACGACCCUGACAACCUGUUCAGCCACGGCACGAAGUUGACGCCGCGCCCUUUGGUGGUCGUCAACUGA